AUGGAGGAAGCAUAUGACGCGAUUGUGCUGGGCACAGGGCUGAAGGAGUGCAUAAUCUCAGGCCUGCUGUCCGUCGAUGGCUACAAGGUACUUCACAUUGACCGGAACAACUACUAUGGCGGGCAGUCUGCCUCGUUGAACCUGAACCAGCUGUUCGAGAGGUUCCGGCCCGGCCAGAAGCCCCAGACCGAGCUGGGUCCCAGCAGGGACUUUAAUGUGGAUCUGGUCCCGAAGUUCAUCAUGGCCAACGGCAACCUUGUCAAGGUGCUCAUCCACACCGAUGUGACCAAGUACCUCGAGUUCAAGGCCGUGGAUGGGUCCUUUGUGCUGAACAAGAACCGCGUGGAGAAGGUGCCAGCCUCGGACUGGGAGGCGCUCAAGUCGCCGCUGCUGGGCCUGUUUGAAAAGCGGCGAGCUGCAAAGUUCCUGGGGUACGUCCAGCAGUACGACCCGGCCGACCCCCAGACCUACAAGGGCCAGGACCUGAGGAGGGUGACGAUGGCGGAGCUGUACUCUCAGUACGGCCUGGAUGCCAUGACGGUGGACUUCAUGGGGCACGCCCUGGCUCUGCACUCCGACGACUCCUACAUGCGCCGGCCCGCGCUGGAGACGGUGCUCAAGAUCAAGCUGUACUACGACUCCAUGAUGCGGUACGAGGGCUUGAAGAGUCCCUACAUCUACCCCCUGUACGGCCUGGGCGAGCUGCCCCAGGCCUUUGCCCGCCUGUCGGCGGUGUACGGCGGCACCUACAUGCUCGCCAAGGCCGACGCGGAGGUGGUGUACGAUGCCGACAGCGGGCGCGCGAUGGGCGUGAAGAGCGAGGGCCAGACCGCCACCGCCAAGUUUGUGGUGGGGGACGCCAGCUAUUUUCCCUCCAAGGUCCAGCGCACGAGUCGAGUGGUGCGCGCGCUGUGCGUGCUGUCCCACCCCAUCCCCUCCACGGGCGACUCGCACAGCGUGCAGCUGAUCCUGCCGCAGAAGCAGGUGGGCCGUCGCUCAGACAUUUACGUCUUCUGCUGCUCAUACUCCCACCAUGUGGCGCCCAAGGACAAAUGGCUGGCCUUUGUGUCCACCACCGUUGAGACCACAGACCCCACUGCUGAGCUCGCGGCAGGCCUUCAACUGCUGGGUAAGAUUGAUGAGAAAUUCGUGGAGGUGGUGGACGUGUUUGAGCCGCUGGAGAGCGGGCAAAGAGACGGCUGCUUCAUCAGCCGUGGGUACGAUGCGACCUCGCACUUUGAGACGGAGAUUGAGGAUGUGCUGGACAUGUACCUCCGAAUCACCGGCAAGGUCCUGGACCUCUCCAGCGAAUCCCUGGCCAAGCGGCAGGAGGCAGCCUCCGCCUAG